AAGCGGAGAUUUCGUGAAAGUAAAUCGAAAGAAAAGCCAACUUUAAAAUUAAUUAAAUAAAAAUAAGCAAGUCCUCUGUGCUGCGUUUAAAUGGUCCGAGGUGGAAAACACAUGAAUGCGUCGGAAAGUGGAGGAAACAUAAACCGGUGAGCCGGACGAUGAAGGAAGAAGUUUAUUUUGAGAAAUGAGGCAUCUAGAGUGAAACAAGACAUUUGGAGAGUCCGGGAUGGGGAAUUCAGAGAGCCAGUACAGCAUUGAUGGUUCGAAAGGCACAAGUUUUAUUUUUUCUAAGAAACAGAAGCCAUAUUCUCUGAAGCUCCACUCAACCAAAGAUGACGUUCUGUCACCACAUAUGUGGUGGAAAAAUGCCGCAUUUGGCUCAGGAUACAAGGCUAGGUGUGUUAGCCAUGGCUGUUUGUCACCUCCUAAAAGCCACCAGUCCAGCUCUACCCAAUGCUGUGACUAUGUUUCCAAGGGAGCAAAGGUCAGCAGGAGUGAGCAUCGCUGGCAUCAGUCCUCUGGGUGUGGGAUACGAAGACGUCAUACAUUAGAUGACUAUGAUGAGAAUCCAUAUGGGACUGGGCUCAAUGGGCAUGCUCUGAAUGGACACAGUAACGAGCACAAGGUUUUAGAAGAACAGAGCAGUCCAAGGGUGGUCAUCAAGAAGGAUGGUACUCUCAGGGUGGAGUUCACCAACACCUCAGGUAACGCACUCCUCCUGGGUGAAGCCUCUGGCCCUGUUCAGCUUCUUAAGUUUUCCCCCAACCUGGAGUCUGUUUCCACUCACAGCCUGCCUGGUUCCAGUGGUAGCAGACAGGAUGUCCACCAUGGUGGUCCACCACCAGCCUCUACCUCCUCCAGGGCUAGAACUAGUAAAGGAAGCUCACUGAGCUCUGAAAGCUCCUGGUAUGACUCUCCCUGGGGUCCCAGUACAGAACUCUGUGAGCAGGACCAGUCUUGCUCCGCUAGUAGGACUUUGGUAAACUCCCCCAUCCACCAGCUUGACUCAUUUACAGAACAGCCCACCUCUGGCUCUAUUAACAAUCUUUACAGGGACUCCACGUUGGCUGCUACUUUCCCAACAGCCAGCAACUUGUCUACCCAUUUACAGCUGCCUCCAUCAGGUCAAAGAGCACACCGAGCCUCCAUUGCAUCUGCGUUGGACAUUCCUUUGGAGGAGGAAUGCCUAGAGUCUUGCCAUUACUCAUCAUACACACUACCUUGUCGCAGGCCCAAAGCUCACACUAUAAGUGAGGACAUGAAGCAGUACCGAGAACAGGCAGGGCACCAGGAGAAGAUGGGGCAUGAAUUUGUCUUUCAAAAGAAGGACUCCAUUAAAAACCGUAUUAGACGCUUCAGUGACUGGACAGGCAGCCUCACCCACAAGAAAAAGAAGUCUCAGGAGAUCAGGUCCAAGGACCUGAGCGAUGCAUUCGACAGUGGUAUAGAUGGUCUGACUGCAGAGACCAGCUCUCCGUCUCAGGUCUCCAGCCUCCUCUGGUACCCUCGAGCCUCCAGGGCGCAGUCUUCAGGAGCCAUUCACCAAACAACGAGCGACGCUCUUCGCCAAAACAUCUACGAGAACUUCAUGAGGGAACUGGAGACAGAAGCCGGACAGGGAGAUGGAAGAGAUGUGGACAUAGAGGAGGAUGGGAGCAGCAGCGAGUCGGCCGAGGGCUCCCUGGAGCAGCUGGAAAUUUUGUUUGAAAAGGAGCAGGGCGUGGUCAGACGGGCAGGCUGGCUCUCCUUCAAACCUCUUGUCACCCUGCACAAGGACAAGAAGCUGGAACUGGUGACCCGCCGCAAGUGGAAGCACUACUGGGUGACUCUGAAAGGAUGUACAUUGCUGUUCUAUGAAACAUAUGGGAAAGCCUUUGCGGAGCAGGACCUGUCGCCUCGUUAUGCUCUUUUGGCAGAGGACAGCAUCGUCCAGGCUGUACCUGAACACCCAAAGAGGGAGAACGUCUUCUGCCUGAGCAACUCAUAUGGAGAUGUCUAUCUGUUCCAGGCCAGUAACCAGACAGAUCUGGAGAACUGGGUGACAGCCAUUCACUCUGCGAGCGCCUCACUGCUCGCCAAGCGCCAGGGGAAGGAGGACACAGUGCGUCUGCUGCGGAGCCAGGUCCGCACCCUGCUGCAGAAGAUAGACAUGGACGGGAAGAUGAAGAAGAUGGCCGAGCUGCAGCUGACUGUGGUCAGCAACCCUAAAAACCGCAAAGCUAUUGAGAACCAGAUUCAACAAUGGGAGCAGAACUUGGAGAGGUUCAACAUGGACCUGUUCAGGAUGCGCUGCUACCUCGCCAGCCUUCAGGGUGGAGAGCUGCCAAACCCCAAAAGCCUGCUGGCCAUCGCCAGCCGACCCACCAAAACCACCCUGGGACGCCUUGGGGUUUUCUCUGUCUCCUCUUUCCACGCACUGAUCUGCUCCAGAGACGAGGCCACAGCUAGGAGGCGCUCAAUGUCCCUGAACUGCCAACAGCGCAAGAGGGGCCUGUUUUCCUCCCUUAAAGGCUUGGACAACCUUACCAAGAGGGGCCGAGACAAGAGACCCUCUGCGUCACAGAGACUCAAUGGGCUGACCAGCAUUUAUUCCAUGUCGCCCCCUGAUGGGGGUAUUUGGGGCAACAUCAGCGUCAACUCCGACGAGCUGCUGUGUGUUUACAUGCCAGACGGCCUGACUGUCCAAGUGCCCGCCAGAAAAGACCAGACAGCCACCGACCUUCUCUGUGCAGCUUGCAAGGUGAAACAGCUGGACCCUGGCUCACACGGCCUCCGGCUGCAAAGGCAGGCAGGGCGGGACGUGGAAGUUCGCUACGUGGCUCCUGGUGAGCUUCUCCGUGACGUGCAGGUCGGUGAUCAGCUGGAGGUGGUUCCAGCUAAUGUGUUUACACUGCACAUGAGAAGACCUGGCAACGCUGCUGACUUUGGUUUUGCAGUAACGGGUCACACCGACAGCCAGAAGAACAGCAGGAUUUUUGUCAGUGAAGUGCUCCCUGAAGGACUGGCCUUUAAUGAAGGUUUGCGUCCAGGUGAUGAGAUCCUGGUGCUGAAUGGCCGAUAUGUGUCGACCGUGGAACUGGCUUUGAUCCAGACUCUGUUUGCAGAACAAACCCUGCAGCUGAGGGUGAGGCGGGACGGUCCUGCUCUGGCCUCAGACUGCCCGGCUCCUCCAUCAGAACACAGCCAGGGGGUUUGCAGCAAACACCACAGAGCCAAGUCCUCAUCAGAUGUGUGUGCUGCAGCUGACAGUGGAGAGCCCCGGUGCGUAGGACUGGAGAACGAUCACUGUGCACCCAGGACUGUUCAGCACAGCAAGAGCGUGGACGCAGUGUGCUCCCUCUACCAGACCUUCCACGAAGGCUCGGGCCAGGAUGCCGGAGGUGUGAUGGACGACAUCAGGGACCCCUCGGUGACGCGAGGAGGAGAAUUGGGCUUCAGAGAGGAUGCGCUGCUCAGACCUUGCCCUAAGCAUUUGAGUGCCACCGAGAGGCUGCGCAAGGUCAUCCAGGAGCUUGUGGACACGGAAAAGUCCUACGUGAAGGACCUGGAUUGCUUGUUUGAGAUCUACCUGAAACCGCUGCAGAGGGAAACCUUCCUCACGCAAGAUGAGAUGGAGAGCCUGUUUGGCAGUCUUCCUGAGAUGCUGGACUUCCAGAGGGUCUUCCUUCAGACUCUGGAGGAGAGGAUUGCCUCCUCGCCUGACUUCAGCACACUGGAGACCCCCUCACAGUUUAAGAAGCUGCUGUUUUCUCUCGGGGGCUCAUUCCUCUAUUACGCCGACCACUUCAAGCUCUACAGCGGCUUCUGUGCGAACCACAUCAAAGUCCAACAGGUUCUGAAGAGAGCUAAGACCGAUCAGGCCUUUAAAGAAUUUCUGGACACAAGGAACCCUACAAAGCAGCACUCGUCCACGCUGGAGUCGUACCUGAUUAAACCGGUGCAGAGGGUGCUAAAGUACCCCCUGCUGCUGAGGGAGCUGGUCUCCCUUACUGAUGCAGACAGUGAGGAGCACUACCACCUCACCGAGGCGCUGAAGGCCAUGGAGAAGGUGGCGAGCCACAUCAACGAGAUGCAGAAGAUCUACGAGGAUUACGGCUCUGUGUUCGAUCAGCUAGUGGCUGAGCAGAACGGCCACGAUAAAGAGGUCAGAGAGAUUUCCAUGGGAGAGUUUCUCAUGCAUUCCUCAGCAGUUUGGCUCAACCCUCAUCCGUCGCUGGGCCGCUUGAGAAAAGAUCCUGAAAUUACUGUGUUUGUUUUCAAAAAAGCAGUGAUAUUGGUCUACCGGGAAAAUAACAAGCUCAAGAAGAAGAUGACAAACCCUCGUUCUGCACUUUCUCAGGGAGAUUCUGACCCGUUUAAAUUCCGACGGCUCAUCCCGCUCUCUGCACUGCAGGCCAGGCUGGGAAAUACUGCAGGCACAGAGAGCAGCUGCAUCUGGGAGCUGAUUCACUCCAGGUCUGAAGUGGAAGGCAGACCAGAGAUGAUCUUCCAGUUGUGUAGCAGCGUGCCAGAGAACAAGAUCGAUGUCAUCAAGGUUAUCCGCUCCCUCCUCAGGGAGAACAUGAGGAGGAACACGAAGAAUGAAGGAACAUUGGAGAGGAGCUGUAAGGAGCGCUUGGCCCCCAUGUGCAAGACUCUGCCCUCUUCUGCCAAGCUAGGUUCUUCCAGAGCUUCCUGGUUGUGUAGGCAGCCUUUUGAAGACGUUUCUUCCCUGGGUGGGAAUCCCAAGUUGGGGCCAGACUCCGACGAGGGCAGCUUAAGCAGUGGAACAUACAGUUUUUCUGGGGCUCCUCCUGUUUUAACCUCUUCUGACUCACAAAACUGGUCUCCACCUAACGUGUUCGGCUCAAAACCUCGCUGUGUGAAAGAGUCUGACAUUUUAAGUGACGAGGACGAUGAUGGUUUUAGUGAGGCAGCCCCGAGAAGGGAUAGUGGAGACAGUAAUUCCCCAACGAGCACCAUUGAAGCUCAGAUCCUCCAGCUUCACCUCUCCGAGGACGUCGUUUCCAAAUGCUCUUUGGCACCACGUGUUCAACCGGAGGGAAUGGGCGACACUCCAGAGAUCCAACACAAGCCAGCACGGCAACACUCCAGUGCCGUUAAGAGAAAAUCCAGUAGUAUGAGAAGGAGCCAGGGUGCACUGUUGCACAUGAAGGAGCAGAACAGGUCACUGGACAGUCAGCUGGAUCCAACAUCAUCAUGUGGAGUGUUGGAUCUCAACACACUUCUGGAAAGAGAGUUCAGCAUUCAAAGUCUGACUUCUGUAGUGAAUGAAGACUGCUUCUUUGAUACAGCUGAAAGCUGCACCACAAACUCUGGAAAUACCACCUCUUCCUAAGGUCCAGCAUAGACAGAACUGUACAGUAUAUGACGCACAAAUUAGAGGUCACAACAGUGAGGAUGCUGUCGAAUAUCCCAGCAUCAUAGGCGGGGGAACCCUUGUGGGUAACUGUAGUCAUUGCCAGAAUGGCUGUGAAGCUUUGCCUAAACCCACAAGUCUAAGUCUGACACCUGCCUACAAAAGGCUAGGUGUAAAAGAUCUUUUGGCAGAGAGAUCUGGUUUCUUUUUCUACAGUGGUGCAGCGAGGUGAUUUCUGUCCCAUUGACGACUGCAAUAAAUCUGCCAAGCACUGAUGUAAAUGUGCAAGCUCUUCGGCUCUCGGGCUUUGCCGUAUCUAAAAACAUCUCCCAAAAUAUUCUAUCGCAUUCCCACAACAGCUCGUUGAGUGGCAGGUUUUAUUCGACUCUUGACCUUUUCUGUGAAAAAAUGGUGAGAAUGUCCCUCCCUGUCAGUCACAAAUGUCCCAAGUGCUGAGAAAGGGGCUGAAGUCCAGUGUAUACAUGGGACACUGAGACAAAUCAGAUUUCUCAGGCAGGCACUGCAGUUAUUUUAGCACUGCUUGCCUGUUCAUAUCUGCAAAUUUAUUUAGUUAAACCUAACCAAACAACAGAAGGUAGCUCAAAUUUGGUUUUAUGGCUGCACAAUUUUAGGAAAACAUGCAAUUGCGAUAUUGUUAAAUACUGCGAUGACAAUAUCUCCUGUAAAAAUAUAUAUAUUUUCCUCUGUCGUGAUGCCAACAACAUGUGCUUUAACAUUUAGGUCAAUAACCAAAUUGGCUUUGGGCAUUUAGGGGCUCCAUAUGUUUACUUGUAAUUAUUUACAAUGCUGAAAUUGCAGUAAUUUUAGGUUUCGAAAUACUGUGCAGCCUUCGUUAAAACUGAAAGGUGAUCAUAGAGAGCUGCAAAGGUCAAGACAGACGACUUGGCCCAAAUUAUCAGGAAGAAGACUAACUCACAACGGAGCCUUUUAGCUGUAUUUGGUGAGCAGGGCAUCACGUUAUUACUGCUGUUUAUUUAUUUCUAGGACUGAUUAUGUAUACAUUUAGCUGCAAACAUUUUGGGUGGAACGUUUGAAUUCUUGGCUUCACAUUUGGUCUAAUCUUGAAAAA